CGGAGGAUGGACCUCAUGGUCACCCCAAUGGUUGAAUGGUCAAGGACUGCAUGGCUCUAUUGUUGGUAUUGUCGGUUAUGGUAGAAUUGGGCAUUCAAUCGCAGUUAAAUUAAAAGGAUUUUCACCCAAGCAGAUCCUGUACACAAGUCGGAAAGAAAAACCAGAGGGAACUGAAAUUGGCGCUACCCUUACAGAUCUUGAUACAUUGCUUAAGAGGAGUGACUUCGUCAUUGUCAGCAUUGCAUUGACUCCUGAAACAAAGGGAAUUAUUAGUCGCAGUAAAAUUGCCCUCAUGAAGGAAAAUGCAAUCUUUGUCAACAGUGGUAGAGGAGGACUGGUUGACCAGGAUGCAUUGGUUGAAGCUCUUCAGCAGAAAAGAAUUCUUGCAGCAGGUUUAGAUGUCAUGACACCUGAGCCCUUACCACUUGAUCAUCCCUUGAUGAAACUUGAUAAUGUUGUUCUGCUACCUCAUAUUGGAAGUGCUUCUAUCAAAGCUAGAGGAGACAUGGCUCAGCUCGCAGCAGAAAACAUCAUUGCUGUCUUCAAAGGAACAUCCAUGCCCGCUGAAUAUUUGUGAUGAGAAAUCAAGUUUCGAAUAAUCUCCAUAAAAAACUUACUUUAACGGAUUCAAAUUUAUUCGAUUCCUUUACAAAAACAGUCUUUUUGAAAAGUGAUGUGAAAAUUUUUGGAUCUCAUAUCAAGUAAAAAAAUAAGUGUGUAUGAUAUUUAUUUUUUAUUUUUUUAUCAAUGUGCAUUUAAAAUUAUACAUUUUUCUACAAAAUGUGAAUGUUGAAGAGGGAAUGUUAACAAUGGAACAAGGUAGUGUUGAAAGGAUGAGAGCUAAAAUCAGUCAGUUUAUAAAUUAAAAACUUAUUAUGAGUCACUAAACCAUGAACAAUUCUUGACUUGCAAAUAUAUUUUUCCGAAGGUAAAUGAAGCGCAGAAUACAAUGCGCACAUUCAAAACGCAAAAAAAUUAUUCCGAAAUGGAGAAAUAUGUUGUUCAAAAAACGCAACUUAUUCGUAAAUUUAAAACGCCCCAGUUUUGCGCGAAACCUAAUGAUGUUAUCCAACACCAAUCAGAAGCAAGCGCGGGUUUCUGCGUCUCCCCUCAAAUGUCAUUCUACUCCUCAUUCAUGAAAACAAUAGAAAAUUCGAAACUAAAUCUUCAGAAUCAAAGAAUCAAAUUUCAUUCACGCUAUCUGUUGUAAACAAGCAAAAGUUCAACAUUGAAAUACGAUUUAUUUCAACAAGCAUGAGUGGAAAAAUAAAGGAGAUGGCGAUUUGAUCGCCACAGUACAUCACUUCCAUCAUUUCCUGCCAUUCAGGCGUGUUUUAAAUUCCUUCAAGUCUUUGGACUUCUUAAAAGCGGCUUUUCUGGGAUUUUGGCCCCAAAAA